GAAAAACAAAAGGACAACAAGGACUUUUCCACACAAAAUCCAAUUGGAAUUCACGAAUAAUGUGUUUUGUCGUGUGAUAUUUCGAGAGAUUUCUGUAAAUUUUUCAUCAUGAAUUACUCAUCUGACACGGAGAAUUACGAUGGCAGAAAUGGUGCCAGGCAAUUUUCCAGCCUUAGCGUGCAAAGUCACGACAUCGACAACCGCUCGUUGGACAACUUGAACAACGCCAAGGGCUUGACACCCGUGAAUUCGCAUCCGCUCAUGAUGCAACUUUCGCCCACGGGCAGCAAUAGUUCGAGCGAAAUCGAGUAUUGUCCUCCGUCGACGACGAGCACGAAGAAAAAUAGUCAAAAAAGCAGCAAUUUUCAAACAUAUCCGGAUUUGGUGCCCGAAACUGACAAAAAUUCGCGACUUUUGAGCAACGGCACGACAAAUGCGAAUCAUCAGCAUUUCAAGCAUCACAAAAAUUGCACGACACUGUCCACACUGGAUGUUGUAAAUAACUCGGAGGCAGCUGUGACGAGUACAAAGUUGCAUGGCGUGCGCAAAAAAAUCGCCGUUCUCGAAGAACCUUCAAACGUGAGUUCAGGAUCGGAGCCGGAUUUGUCGCAAUAUCAAGCUGCAGUCGCGCCCACGUACGAAAGUGUCACUUUGAUCUCAAAAUCCGCGAAAAACAAGAAAAAACCAUCAACUUUGGGCAUUCGCGAGACUCAGAGGAAAAUCACGUUGGAACCGAAUCUCUUCAAUGACGACCUUUCGUCGCCCGACACAAUUUCGGGGCAAAGUUUUGACGAACGCGGAAGACGAAUGUCGCUCGAAAGUCCCACAAAUUCGAUUUUUGAUGAUCCUUUUCAGGCAGGAGGAGGCGUUGAAGAAGAAAAUCCGGGACGAGAUCGGAGUAAUUGGGUCAAAGUGAUUUUGCCGGAUGGCAAAACGAGGGAAAUUGAUAUGAAAGUUAUUGAGCCGUACAAGAGGAUUUUGUCGCAUGGCGGUUAUUUGAAUAACAAGAAAAAUGCGAUAAUUAUUUUUAGUUCUUGCUUCCUGCCGGAUCGUUCGAGGUCAGAUUAUCACUAUGUCAUGGCGAAUUUGUUCUUGUAUGUGAUAAAGACGUUGCAGCAACUCAUUACGGAUGACUAUGUGCUGAUUUAUUUCCAUGGCGGCUCGAAUAAGAAUAAUGUUCCGCCGUUUCGGUGGUUGAAAAAAUGUUACCAACUAAUCGAUCGCCGCCUUCGAAAAAGCCUCAAAAACAUGUAUCUCGUGCAUCCAAGUUUCUGGCUGAAAUCCAUGGUUUGGAUGUUGCGCCCAUUUGUGAGUGCAAAAUUCUGGCGAAAACUCGUCUAUGUCAACUCGCUGGAGGAACUUUACACAUAUGUCACUGUUGAAAAGGCUGCCGUCCCCGAUAAAGUCAAAAAUCACGACGCAAAACACUCGUAAGAAAUUUUUCCUCCACAAAAAAAAUCACUUUGCAGCUUUCCAAUUGACAAAGAAAAAUCUCUUAAAGCUUGCCCUUCAUAAAUUUUUGCA